AUGCCAUGGUGCUUCAUUGGGGACUUUAACUCCAUAAUAGGCGCCCAUGAACAUAGAGGGAGGUGUAGCCCUGCCAGAUUGCCUAUGGAAGAAUUCCAAAUUUGGUCUGACUCAAAUAACCUGUUUCACAUUCCCACUAGAGGUGCAGCCUACACUUGGUCCAAUGGAAGAAAUGGUAACAGACAUACUGAAAGGAGACUUGAUAGGGCAAUUUGCAAUCAAGCUUGGAUGGAUUUUUUCACCUCUACAUCAGUCACAACUCUUAUCAAACACAAAUCUGACCAUUACCCUUUACUUCUUGAUUUUCAAAUAACAAACUCAACCUUUGCUUCCAGUUUUAAGUUCAUGAGGAUGUGGUCCUUUCACCCUGAUUGUAUGCAAAUUGUUCAAGAUUGUUGGGAUGCAAAUGUAAUUGGUUGUCCAAUGUUUGUUCUAAAUCAGAAGCUAAAAAUCUUGAAAAGUAAGCUUAAAGAUUGGAACAAACAUGUAUUUAGCAAUGUCCAUGAAAAUGUUAAGCUUGCUGAGAUGAAAUUGAAACUAAUUCAAGACAACAUUCAAACCUUUGGAAACACUGAAAACUUAUUGUCUGCAGAAAUAGAAGCUCAUAAGAUUUUUGAAGAUGCUCUAGCUAGAGAAGAAAUGUUCUGUCUUUUGCAGGAACAGUUACUUGUUGAAGAAGUCAUCCCUCUCUUAGUUACAAAUGAGGUGAAUGCAAUGCUCACUAUGUUACCCUCCGACCAGGAAAUUAAGGCUGUAGUCUUUGCUCUCAAUAAAGAUAGUGCUCCUGGCCCUGAUGGGUUUGGUGCAUUUUUCUUCCAACAUUUUUGGGACAUAGUAAAAAAUGAAGUGAUUACUGCAGUGCUUCAAUUCUUCACUUCUGGAUGGAUUCUGCCUGGCUACAACUCAAAUAUCAUUGCUCUAAUUCCAAAAGUUCCAAAUGCUAUAUCAGUUGACCAAUAUAGGCCAAUAGCAAUGGCAAAUUUCAAGUUUAAAAUUAUUUCUAAAAUUCUUGCUGAUAGGUUAGCUCAGAUCAUGCCCUCAAUCAUAUCAAAAGAACAAAUGGGAUUCAUUCAUGGCAGGGAUAUUAAAGAUUGUAUUUGUACUGCUUCAGAGGCUGCUAAUCUUCUUCACGAAAAAACUUUUGGUGGUAACUUAGCCCUGAAGAUUGAUAUUACAAAGGCAUUUGACACUAUGGAAUGGCCUUUUCUUCUCCAAGUCUUGAAGCAGUUUGGAUUCAAUGACACUUUUUGUAAUUGGAUUGCAGUGAUUCUCAAGUCAGCUUUUCUCUCUAUUUCUAUCAAUGGAGAAUAUCAUGGUUACUUUAAUUGUACAAGAGGGGUGAGACAGGGAGACCCCUUAUCCCCUCUCUUAUUUUGCAUUACUGAAGAGGUUAUAAGUAGAAGUUUAUCCCAUCUUGUGCAAGAAGGCAAACUUAAGCUUAUAAAAGGUACUAGACAUUUCAGAGUCCCUUCUCACUCCUUUUAUGCUGAUGAUUUGAUGAUAUAUUGUAAAGGUAAUAUUUCUAGUAUUCAAGCUAUCAAAGAUAUAUUUGUUAGAUAUGAAUUAGCUUCUGGUCAAGUCAUUAGUAGUGCAAAGUCUACUAUUUUUUAUGGUUCCAUCAAUCAAGCUAGACUCAACCAAAUUGUCAACAUUCUGAACUUCAACGUUGGUUCUAUGCCUUUUAAUUAUUUGGGAGUUCCAAUUUUUAAAGGUAAACCAAAAGCUUGUUAUCUUCAACCCAUUGCAGACAAAAUCAAGCUCAAACUCUCUAAUUGGAAAGCUAGUCUCCUUUCAAUGGCUGGUAGAGUUCAGUUAGUUCAAUCUGUAAUCCAAGGCAUGCUUAUUCAUAGUAUUUCUGUUUAUGCUUGGCCAAUUUCUCUGCUCAAAGAUUUGGAAAAAGAUAUUAGAAACUUUAUAUGGAGUGGGGAUAGGGAAAAAAGAAAGUUGGUUUCUGUUUCUUGGAAGAAAAUCUGCAGGCCUUAUGCUCAGGGUGGUUUGAACCUGAGCAUCAAAGAAGAGUAUGUAGUCAUUCAAGACAACUCAAUUUGGUUAUUAGGUGAUGGUAGGGAUAUAAAUUUCUGGAAUGAUCCCUGGUUUGGUGCCUCUAUAUCUCAUCUUCUCAACAUACCUGAUACAACCAGAAAUUUGUUCACAUCAACUGUUAAUGAAUACAUCCUUAAUGGUCAAUGGCAUCUCCCUUCUCAAUUCAUUCAAUCAUUUCCUGACAUAGCUCAAUUGAUUCAAAAUGUUCCAAUUCCUAUUUCUUCUAAAAAAGAUCAAUUAAUGUGGAAACAUUCUGAUACUAGUGACUUGUUGCUGAAGGAAGCUUAUAUCUUUAAAAAUCAAGAAUUCCAAGAUCUGCACUGGCCCAAGUUCAUUUGGUGUAAAGAAAUUCCUCCAGCAAGAUCACUUUUUGUCUGGAGAUUCAUGCAUAACAAAGUCCCUACAGAUGAAAACUUGAUGCUUAGAGGCUGCAACAUCCCCUCAAUGUGCAGUCUUUGCUUGCAUUCAUCAGAAACUGCUUUCCAUUUAUUUUUUGAGUGUCCCUACGCCACUAAGCUUUGGAACUGGUUAGCAAACAUCCUCCAAUUAUCUUUUAAUUUCUCUUCUAAAGAAGACAUUUGGAAUUUAUGUGAUAGGGCUUGGUCUCCUCAAUGUAAAAUUGUUGUCAAAGCUGCUUUGGUUAACCUUAUCAAUAUCAUCUGGCAUGCACGUAACCAAGCAAGAUUCAACAGUAAGCAAAUCCAUUGGAAAUCAGCACUUUCAAUGAUAAUAGCAUCUACUUCUCUUUCUGGAAAUAACACUUCCAAAGCUUCUAAUAAUUCUAUCGUAGAUUUUACCAUCCUCAAAGCUUUCAGUUGUGUUAUUCAUCAUCCUAAGGCUCCAAUGAUCAAAGAGGUUUUGUGGAAUCCUCCUCAAGUGAAUUGGUUGAAGUGUAACAUUGAUGGUGCAUCUAUUGGUAAUCCUGGAAUCUCUGCUUGUGGGGGGAUUUUUAGGAAUCAUAAUUCAGAUGCUAUUUUUUGUUUUUCAGAUCCUAUUGGUAUUAGCACUUCUUACAUUGCUGAACUUUGUGGUUUCAUGAAGGCCAUGGAGAUUAUAGAUCAAAAGCAAUGGAAUAACAUAUGGAUAGAAACUGAUUCUUCUCUAGUUGUUCUUGCAGCCAAGUGCACGAAUAAGGUUCCUUGGAGGUUGAGAAACAGAUGGGACAAUGCUAUGAUCAUUUAUCGUAGGUUAACCUGUGUCAUUUCUCAUGUUUAUAGGGAGGGUAAUCAGGUUUCAGACUCUUUAGCAAAUUAUGGUUUAUCUUUGAGUAUUUUAUCGGUUUGGGAUGAUGUUCCUGAGUUUGCUAGCCCUAGCUUUAAUAGGGAUAAGUCUGGUUGUUCCUCCUUUAGAAUUUCAUCUUGA